AUGAGGAAGUUAAAGCACCUCUGCAUGGACAUCCAAGACAUUGAGCUCGAGGCCUUCUACCAAAGAGACGACAGCGCAGAAGAUUGGGAGAGUGACGGAGCGUAUCUGGAACGCUGCUUCCUGGAGAGUGUAUGGAAUUACGAAGCCCUAGUUCUGUGGGGAUCGCUCAGCGAAUCUUACAUCAAAUGGGAACCGAACGAGGAACAAGGCUUCGAAGAUGCCAUUAUUUCUCUGAUCGGAGGACGACCUAGAGGAAAAGAUACUCCCACGAAUGAGAGAAAUCGCAAGUAUAAUAUACAGUCUCUGUUCGGAGUCCCAGGGCCAGAAAUCGGAGUGCCGAAAGCUGUGUAUCUGGAGAACGUGGAGAAAAGCAGUGGGCCCAUCACUACUUUUAGUCCUGGGCGCGGAGGAGAACCCUCGCCGAACGAAAAGAGCAAGGUCUGGUUCCGUCGCGCGAUUGAAGUAGCGAGGAAGAGGGGCAGGGAUCUGCAUACGCUUACGAAUCGCACCAAGCCGCGCCAUCAGAUUCAGUUCCCUGAGGCGCCUGACAAGUAUGAUCUCAAAACUGGUCCGUGGGGCGAGAGACCAGCAGAUUGGGUUUUCAAUGUGUAUACGGGUCGUAGGGAGCCCAAAGGCUGUGGCAAAUGUGGGAACUGCGAUGUUUGUUUUGGGUAUUACAGCAAGGAAAUGUGGGAUGGGCUGGAGAAGGAGCCGAGAAGAGUAAAGUAUGAUGGGAAAGAUGAGAACCAGACCAACGAUCAGGAUCGAAUGAGAAAUUGA